UUGAGCUGAGAGGCCACUUGCAAGCGCAAGUGGAGACAUGUUUCCUCACUCGUUCCCUCUAUGCAUUUUCUGACCGUUUCAUUCCUGAAAAAAAAACAACACAAACAAAACAUAUGCGUGUGUCUGUGCUGAUAAAUAAUGUGCGGGACACACAAUGACACAACAGUGCUGGAACUGCAUUGGAAGUGUAGCAACGACCAGCACAAGAAGGAGGUUACGAGACCAUCCCACCAACCCCCGGUGGAGCUGAUGAGUCACACACGCACGGUACGUUUAAAGCCGCUGCUGGUACGGGGCGUGAUUAUUACAAAGCUCCUUUGUAAAAAGAUGAAGCCGACUGGUGGCCACAUUAUGACGUCAGAGAGCGCGGUUUCUUUUGUCAUCCGGGAAGAGAAGUACAAUAAGGAAGCGUAUGUGUAUCUUAUUACCCGGAAGAUGUAAACGCACCCCAUCUACGCAAUUUGGGACAAAACAGACUUGAUGAAAUAAAACAUCAGCCAC